AUGAAGAUUACUUCAUUUGAACAGAAAGUUGAAGGAAGAGUCGUCAACGUAUCAUCCACUGGUCAUCAUUUUGUGAACAAAGGAACUUUCUCUGAUCAAAUUAACGAUGAAUCGAGUUAUAGCCAUAUACACGCCUAUGGACUAUCGAAGUUGGCUAAUAUACUUCAUGCAAAUGAGUUAGCAAGGCUUUUGAAGGAGGAAGGGGUCAAUAUUACCGUGAAUUCAUUACAUCCCGGAUUCAUUGUCACUGAAAUUUUCCGUAAUUUUGGUAUUUUCAAGGUUCUAUGCAAUGCGAUUCUCAGACACUUUGUCAAGGAUGUUUCACAGGGAGCGGCAACCACAUGCUAUCUGGCGUUGAAUCCAAAGGUGAAAGGUGUCACUGGUGAGUACUUUUCUGACAGUAAUUUGGUGAAACCAUCAUCGAAUGCUAUGGAUCCAAUGUUAGGCAAGGAAUUGUGGGAGUUUAGUUUGAGCUUAACUACCACCAAGUGA